AAAUUAACUUUACCAAUGAUUUCAAGAAGUAUGAUGUUCAUGCGUAUGCAGAAGGGAAUUGUAAGAGGCAGCAGAGCUUUUUGUUCAUCUGGAAAGAAACAAAAAGUAGAUUUCGGCUACGAAGACAUUAAUUUUGAUGAGAAAGAAGACAGGGUUAAAGAAGUGUUUCACAAAGUAGCUAAUAACUAUGAUUUAAUGAAUGAUGUCACCAGUAUUGGUAUCCAUAGGCUUUGGAAAAACUAUUUCGUCAGCCAGAUAGGGCCUAUGAGGAAAAGACCUGUCAUUGAUGCUGAAGGAAAUCCAACAGAGGAGUACGAGCCAAUGAAAAUACUUGACGUUGCUGGUGGAACAGGAGAUAUUGCAUUUUUAAUGCAUGAAGAAGUCCAAAAGCAAAGAAGAACUAAUGCAAAUGCAGCUGCUGAAAUCACUAUUUCUGAUAUCAAUUCUUCAAUGCUUGGAGUUGGGAUGGAUAGAGCAAAGGAGAGAGGAUAUACUAACUUCAACUGGCUAGAAGCCAAUGCAGAGUCUAUCCCUUCACUUAAGAAUGACAGUUUUGAUCUUUACACAAUUUCUUUUGGAAUUAGAAAUGUCACCGAUCGUUUAAAAGCAUUGAAAGAGGCUCACAGAAUUUUAAGAAGAGGAGGAAGAUUUAUGUGCCUUGAAUUCUCAGAGGUUAAGAUUCCUGUCUGGAAAGAAAUCUAUGAUGUCUAUUCCAUGAACAUCAUCCCAUUUAUGGGACAAAUUAUCUUAAACGACAGUGCUAGUUAUCAGUAUUUGGCAGAAAGUAUUCGCAAAUUCCCUAACCAAGACCAGUUUGCUUCUCUUAUAAAAGAGGCUGGAUUCAAGCAUGUGACUUAUGAGAAUCUGUCUGGAGGUAUCUGCUCUAUCCACUCAGGGUAUAAGUUAUAAUGAAUGUUAACUAAGCAAAACUCAAUAUUACU